CGAAAACAGCUGGUUAAUAUUUAAUUUAUAGAAGUGUGGACACAGUGUGAAAUUGAGGCGAUACCUUACUAUAUAAUAUAUCAUUAUUAAAAACCGCUAUUAUCCAAUAUUUAAUAAUGCUAAGGUAACAAGUCGUAACUGCAUUACAAAAGAUUUAAUUUAAAGAAAUACAUACCAUUUCUUAUUUGAAACUGCUAUCAUGAGUAACAGUAAUAAAUCACUUCGUAUUGAUUGGUUUGAUGGAACAGUGAUAGAAGAAAGUAGACCGACUACUUCCAGAUUCGAAGAUGAGGAAGCCGAAAUUUCUAAACCCCAAACGCAAAAAAAACAUGAUAUUGAAAGAAAACCUACUGGCUUUAAACGUCUAUUAGAUAUUUCAUUCAUGAAACCUCCAAGUUUAAAUUUAGAACUAUCCAACCGUCCAGGAUUUUGGCUCCUUUUUGAGACUGAGUUAAAAGGUGAUUUUAUUGUACUAAUUUUAAGAAUAUUAGCCGCAUUAUACAAAUCAUUAGAAUGUGGGGAUAAAUCAAAAAUCAAUACUUUGCUAAAAACAAAGUUUCUAAAAUCAAAUUUUUUAACUCAAUUAAAGGAAUAUCUUGAUGGACUUCCUACAGUAAGAAUAGUUGAAAAAAGAAUGAAUAUGCAAUUUUGGGAUGAUGUUGAACUAGUUUACAACAAUGUAUAUGAGAUGUGUGAAGGUCUAUACAACCAAGAAGGUCAAAGCAAUGAGUUCUUAAGAGAAUUAUAUGAUUUAUUGAAUACAGCUGAAGAAAGUGCAAUUGGUGUGCAAGAAGAGCACAGUGAGAGAAUAAAUCAAAGUUUGUAUACAAAGUUACAAAAAUUGAAGGAGGUGAUAGUUCAGUCAAUUUCUAAGAAUGAAUAUAUUGCUUCAGAUGGGCCACCAACUAAAAUUAUAAGCAAAGAUGAUUACAGAAAUUUAUCAAUAUUUCCCACAAAGGAGGAUUUGCUCAAUCAAUCAUUGUAUCAAAUACAACCAAACAUUAUAAACAGUGCCUAUUCAAGUGUGGAGCACUAUUUAGACAUACAAUUUAAAUUGCUAAGAGAAGAUUGUUUUGGUCCAUUGCGUGAAGGAAUAUGUAGAUACUUAGAAAAUCCUACAAAGAGAAGGCAUGAAAAUAUAAGGGUAUAUCCCAAAGUGCGGAUAAUUCAAACCUACAUAAGCAACAAUAAAGUUGGUCAUUUGAUUGAUUUAGCAUGGGAUGAACGUGCAAAUCACAGGCCUGUGGAUCGUAAGAAUUAUGCCUAUAAUAAGCAUUUGAUGUUUGGAUCGCUCCUAUUAUUUACCAGUGAUAAUUUUAAAACUAUAUUAUGUGCUACAGUCCUGGAUUCAAGUUUAAAUUUAUUGAAUGAUGGUUACAUUGCUGUCUCGUUUAAAAAUGCUGUAGCAAAUAAUAUAUUUUCUGAACAAUUCCUAAUGGUCGAGAGUGAGGUGUUUUUCGAACCAUAUCAUAGAGUACUCAAAGUACUGCAAAACUGUACUGAAGAUUUACCCAUGAAGAAAUAUAUUGUGGAUGUCCUGCAACAAACAAACGCACCUAGCUACAUAAAUUCAGACACAGUAUACAACAUUCAUAACGAAAAAGGCGACGACAUUUACGUCCCUGUUUUAGACCCAUCUCAGUGGCCCAGUCCAGAGUUGUUAAAUCUUGACGAAUCUCAAAUGGACGCAUAUAAUUUUGCCUUAACGAGGGAAUUUGCCGUCAUACAAGGUCCUCCAGGGACUGGAAAAACAUACCUUGGAAUUAAAAUUGCUUCAACUCUUCUGAAGAAUUUAUCUCUCGAAGGUACCCCUAUGUUGGUCAUUUGCUAUACCAAUCACGCACUUGAUCAGUUUUUAGAGGGAAUUUUAAAUGUAACCAAUAACAUAAUUAGAUUGGGAAGUCAAAGUAAGAGCAAAAUAUUAGAACCAUAUACCCUUAAUAAUGUAAAAGCAAGAAAUAAAUCAAGAUUUUCAUAUUUAUAUGCGAGUAAAAGAUCAGAAUUGGAAAAGGUGUUCAAUGAAAUGACUGAAUUGCAAAGUUUAAUCGAAAAAUGUGGGACUGAUCUGCUUUCUUAUAGAACCAUUAAACCAUAUUUGAAAGAAAUAAACAAUUCGUUUGAAUUAAAAAGUUAUAAUGAAGAUAGUGUCUUAGAUUGGUUGUUUGGACAUUUAGAAAAAAAAGAGUCUAUAGAAAUUGACGAUUGGGAAAAACAAAUGGAUGAAAUCGUUUUAACAGAUAAAAUAGAUUCGUGUUUUUCGGAAGAAUGGGCGCUUAAAGAAAUAGACUCUAUGAACAAUAGCAUAAAGUUCAUGAAAAAUAUCACAGAUAAACAAAUUGAUAGGCAGAACAUGAUAAAUAAGUUCGAGUCUCAAAUAGAGAAGAUUAGAAAGAGGCUGGAUUGUUUUAAGAUAAAUAUGAAACUCCAAACAUCUGGAACAUCAAAAAUAGUAAAAUUAGAUGAUAUAAACGAUUUAUAUGAUUUGUCAUUAGAAGAAAGGUGGAAUAUUUAUUUCCAAGCAGUGGAUAAUGUCAAGAAGCAGUUAAUUAUCAAAAUGAAUGUAUUAUUGAACAAACACAACGCUCUAGGUGCAGAAUUGGAAGAGGUAUCCACAUUAAUUGACAGUGAUGUGAUGAAAACCGCCCGAGUGGUGGGCGUCACUACCACUGUAGCCGCCAGGCGACAUGACCUCAUGAGGAAGUUGUUAUCGUCUAUUGUCAUAGUGGAAGAAGCGGCAGAAGUUUUGGAAGCACAUAUUGUGGCGUCGUUAACAAAUAAAUGUCAACACCUGAUACUAAUUGGUGACCACAAACAAUUGCGUCCAUCGGCCGCACACUACAAGCUAGCAAAACAUUACAAUCUAGAAAUAUCUCUCUUCGAACGUAUGAUUCGAAACGGCAUUCAUGCGAAAACCUUAACAAUACAGCGGCGAAUGCGACCAAACUUUGUGGAACUUUUGGUACCAACAAUAUAUGAGAAGUUAGAUUGUCACCCUAUUGUGUUUAAAUAUCCCAAAGUGAGAGGAAUGAAGGACACCCUAUACUUUUACAACCAUGAUGUGUUUGAAGAUUCAGAGGGCUUAGAAGACAGUUGGAGCCACAAAAACACAUUCGAAGCAAACUGGUGCGUGGGUCUCGCGAAUUAUUUGUUACAAAUGGAAUAUAAAUCUAACGAAGUAACAAUAUUGACCACUUAUACUGGUCAAGCUACACUAAUAAAAGAGUUAACAAAAAAAUUUACCCGCCUUCGAGACAUAAAAAUAACUGUCGUCGACAACUUCCAAGGCGAAGAGAGUAAGAUAGUUAUAUUAUCUUUGGUGAGGAGUAAUAGAGACGGCAAUAUUGGCUUUUUAGCAGCUGCUAACAGAAUUUGUGUGGCACUAUCCAGAGCUAAAGAAGGUUUUUAUAUAUUUGGUAACAUGAAUGGCCUGAAGUCGGCCAGUUCUAUUUGGAGAUCAAUUGCUGAAAAAUUAUCAUCUCGAAAUGCUAUAGGGCGUACUAUUGAGUUGUAUUGCGAAAAACAUGCUCAAAGUAUUGGUAUAGACAAAUAUGAAGAUCUCAAUAAUUGUCUUAAAGGAAUGUGCUACAAGAAUUGUAAAGUAAUAAGUAUAUAAAUAGAAUAUUGUAUAUUUUUCUAAUAAAUUAUGUAUUUCUAAUAAAU